GCACUUGAACGCACCAGUAGUGUUUGCUGCACAUUCUCUCCAGCUACAACAAUGAGUGCGAGCAGAGGUUGUCCGGCUAGUUUGAGUUGAAGUUUACUUCAGUGAAACUGCCCGUAAUAUUCACUACAUGUGCUUAGUGGGUUUCCAAAGCACUCUGUUAAAUGGAGCUGGAGGACCAAUGGUGGAAAGGACAACUUGCUGCAGAUAUAUACCAGGCGCUGCGAUACAAAGAGCUCAAGCUACCUUCCUUCAAAGGUCAGUCCCCUCAGCUCAAUUUGAGACGAUACUUCAUAGCCUCAUAUCUCAUAGCCAUCGUCAGCAACCGCUUCAGGCUGUGUCCUGCAGCCAGGCACCUGGCCGUCUACCUCCUGGACCUCUUCAUGGACCGCUAUGAUGUCACGGUGCAGCAGCUUCAUAUGAUCUCGCUCUCGUGUCUUCUUUUGGCCAGUAAGUUUGAGGAAAGGGAGGACCGGGUGCCAAAGCUGGAAACCCUUAACAACUUGGGUUGCAUGAGCUCCAUGAACCUGGUCCUGACCAAGCAGGGUUUACUACACAUGGAGCUGCUCCUGUUGGAAACUUUCCAGUGGAACCUGUACCUCCCUACAGCUGCUCAUUUCAUAGACUACUGCCUCUCUAUUGCGGUCCAUGAGGGAGAUCUGCAUGAUGGCUGGCCUAUGACAUGCCUGGAAAAGACUAAACUGUACAUGGCCAAAUAUGUCGAUUAUUUCCUGGAGGUUUCCUUGCAAGAUCACGCAUUUUUGUGUUUUGCGCCCUCACUGGUGGCUGCUGCGUGUGUGGCCGCCUCACGCCUGAUCCUCCACCUGUCCCCUACAUGGCCACCCCGACUGCAGCGCCUCACGGGCUACACAUGGGAGACCCUGAUCCCAUGCGCAGAGAAACUACUCAUUGCACAUGACAGUGAUGUCAAAGAAGCCAACAAGCAAAAGUGUCAGCAGCCGAACCAGCAGCAGCAGCAGGGUCAGACAGUUUACCACACCUCAGCCCAGUACCUCAACCAGCCAAGUGUGCAGUACUCUCAGCAGCCUCCGCAGCCGGGCCCGGCCCCUGGCCACAGGCCUGCCUCCUACCUCAGCCACUCCACUGCCAGCCUGCAGGCUCCUAACGGCCCCCAGAACAUCAACACCCAAACCAUCACCACCUCACUGGAGCCAAAGUCUAACAUUCCCAGCAGGGCUUUCCAAGUCAGCAUGCACUACUCCUGCGCUGCUCCGUGCUUUGACAGAUGAUGGCUUUUUCAAGAUUUUGUCAUUUUGGAGGAAGUAGAGAGAAGAUAUUACUGUGUGUUUUGCCAGAUCAGAACACAACGAAGAAAAAAAAAAUCUUGCUUUUAAUUUGAAGAGUCUUGAUGAGAUUGGCACAGCACUUUGAAGCAUAGUACGCAUUGUGCAAUAUGCCUGGUCUGCUGUAAUUUUCUUAUUUGUUUUUCAAGAUGUUUCAGGUAAGAAACUUCUUGUGAAUUGCCUAAAGGCACAGUUUGCACCCUGUACCCACCAGUGUUACUGUGUAAUUUAGCUACACACCAAAAGUCUUGUAUUAAGUUAAGCCAAAGUAUGUUAGGAAUACUAUGUGCAAAUACUUUGUGCCUUUAGCCAUUUUGACUAUUAGUAUAAGUUAAACAGCAGUAGCAAAAGGGGAUUUACA